AUGCCUCAUAUUUCAAGAUGUAUUCUCGAUCUCAGGGAAGGAUCCAUUGACGCUUGUCUUGGUGCAUUCGGCGACGACGAUGUUGAGACAGUAAUCCAUCGAAUUUUAGAGCGUCGGACGUUAUCUUUCAUGGUCGAGGAAAGUCCAAUUUCCAACCGAAGGAAUAUCUUUGAUAUUGACGAAUUUGACGUUUUCUCUGAUCGUACUCUUGAUCCCGCUCGGGUCGAC